AUGGUACAAGCAUUUAUUUUCUAUUUGAGCAUUGUCUAUAUUCUUUUCGAUUCUUCGAGCCAUGAUGGCAGGUCAUGGGGUGACGAGUUCACGAUUGGCAGCGUCUUCUCCCAAGGCUUUUACUUUUUUAAAAAACAUUCUCUUUUCACACCGGUUAGGAUCUUACGGAUUCUUCCGUUUUACAACAAGGAUUUUUUUAUCGUUUACCAUCUAUACCUAUCCUUUGUCCCCUUUCUCUCGGGCACUAUCUUUCCGGGGCAGGCCUUGGUGGUGCAGCCUAUUGAACGGCCGUUAGAUACCGGUGCACCAAGUCAGGUGUACAUCUUCUGUUAUUUUUCUUUUUGUACAGAUUAUAUACCCCUUUUUCUUUUAACUUCCAGGCAGGCCUUGGGGGAGAUGUCUGCCGUUCUGUGA